AUGGACGAGGCAAAAGAAGAAGAAGUGGACAUAUACCAUGAUUCCAAGGGUUCAAGCAAAACGAGUGUUCGAAAAUCGCUAUUAAUUCCAAUGUUGGGAGGAAACAGCGCUGGCUUUGAUGGUUACGAUGAGUUCAAGAACUAUGCUCUAUUAGAUGAUAAAUGCGAUAAAUAUAAAAAGGCAAGCAAAGACGGGAAACGACAGAUUGAGAAUGAUAUAAUUGAACAUCUCGAGAAGCAAGGAUAUUAUUUUGCCAAGAAGGAAAAAAAAGGCGACAAUCGGUGGUAUCGUGAAACUGACGCAAAGCGCAAACAAAUAAAAAUAAAAAAUCUUUACGAUCAGGUAAAGAAAGCAGAAACAAUGAAGAAUUUGGAGGCUGAAAUCCAGGAGUCUAAAGGAAAGAUUGAGAAGUUAGAAAAGAGAGACUUGUUUGAUGAAUAUCUAAGGGAGGUCAUGGAUUCAAAAAUCGACCUAAAAUUUACAGACUGUUUAGGAAGAAAGGGCAUUUUUCACGGCAAAGCGCCUGCCAGUGACCAGCAAUUUCGUGGAAUGAUGCUGUAUCCUAGGGACUAUGGUAUUCAAAUGUUUCAGGGAAUUUGGACCAAGGAACGCAGCUUUCAUAGAGGUAUACUAGAGUACUCUAACCGCGCUGUAUACUGUGGCGACUUCAUUGGACGAAAUGAUGAAACAAAUGAUUAUAGGCAUGGCUCGGGAAAGUGGUCCAAGUGCCACUCGCUAAAGUUCUCUGAAACUUACGUGGGCGAGUGGCAAGAAGACUUGCGACAUGGAAAAGGAGAAGAACGUCUAGUACGCGAUGGUGGCAUAGAAUUGUAUGAGGGCAACUUCGAAGGAGAUCAAAGGCAUGGGCAGGGUACUUGCGUGUAUGCCGAUGGUAGCAAGUACACAGGCGAGUGGUUCAACGGUAUGAGAGAUGGUCGAGGUACGGAGUAUUCUUCGGACGGAGCUCGACGGGAUGGGAUCUGGGUUCAAAACGAACAUGAAGAUACACGGCUCAAUUGUGAGAUGAGUGUGGAUAAAGUGUUCGGUCGUGAGAUCACGGAUGUUGACGGAGACGUUUCAAUGUUAUCAUCAAAAAUAUCAUCGCUUGGGUUCCCUUCAAAUUCAAAUGAAGAUGCAAAAACGAGAAUCAGUGACAGCAAAGAAAAUCACAAUCGAAUCGAAUCAAGAAACCGCAACACAACCCAAUCUAUUUUAUCUCAGCUGAUGCACGACGAUGGAUCUUUCCCCUCCGUUGAGGACAUAAAUGUGGCCAGAAAACAAUAUCAUCCCAACAGGAUUCUCUAG